AUUACAUGUCCAAUGCUGAACAACUUUUUUUCAAAAGAUGUCAUCUUAUAAAUUUCCAAUAAAAAUGAAAUAUACUUUUUGGUAUCCACAGUGAUCAUGAAGUCCGUGUUUGCCUUGUAUGUGGCUAUAUGGCAGCUCUCGCUCAUUGAGUGCUCCUUUGACGCUGCCGUACCUGUGGGAAACACUGAUGUUAUAAUCCAUGCAGUUUAUCCUUGUGAUGGUGUUGAUCCCUCAACGUAUUCCGAAAUAGAACUGAAGGAUGACGGAAAUGAAAAAUGGGUAGAAUUUAUGAUUCAAAUGGAUCAGGCUAUAGAUGAUACCUUCACUGCAAAUAUGGUAGUAGAUCAGUGGAAGAAUGGUGCUUGGGAGGAAAACAUUUACAACACCGAUGGGACUUUAUGCGAUAUGAAGGAACAAUUCGCAAGAAAGUGCUGGUAUAAGUUAGCGGAAGCGAGUGAACCAAAGGCAGAUCCCACAAAUUGCUACGUAGCACCUGGCACAUAUAUAGGCAAGAAAUACCAAGCUGCCGGUGAUGAUUUGGACAUUCCGUCUAUGCUGUUCGGAACAUUCAGAGUUAGAUUCGAUGUGUUUAACGAAGAAAAUGAUUUGUUUUUCUGUACCAUGAUAGAACUGGAAGCUAGUCCAAAAUGAGAACCCAUUGUAAAAUAAAUGCAGUCCUUGGUAGCUAACUGCAAAAUAGUUACAUAUUUAUUUACUUCCUUUGUUGAUUAAAUAGAGGUAUUGCGAUUU